AUGCCACUUGUCUCAUUGCUCUCCAAUUUGUUUGACGAUGUUUCUAUUUCAGUGCUGAAUCAGCAAUGCGUGUCCAAGAACUCUCACUGCAUACUGGAUUGCUUCAAGGCUCCACCCUUAGUUCCCUUAUUCAGUAUCUUUUCAACUCACUGCCAGCUUUGUUGCGUCAAGCUGCAUCGUCCUCUCACCACUCGUGUCAUGUCAACAUCACCAUCAUGUGCUCCCCUCCUCUUUGGUCCGUCCAUAACACCCACUCAUGCUACUAAUAUUGCUAUUAAUGCUUUAUUGUAUGCUGAUGAUGUUGCUAUUCUAGGUUCUGCUCGUGAAGUAAAACAGAUGCUGACACUAGCUGAAUCACAUUCCCUUGCACUUGGGUAUCGCUGGGCUCCUGCCAAAUGUGCUAUCAUCAAUCCACGUCCUCCACCUCAUCUACCUUUCUUGACCUGA